AUGGCGACUCCGGCUCAGUGCUACUUCUGCUUUGAGAGUCUUGCUGCGUCCUUUGGGGGCUAUGAGCCCACCAGUCUCCCUAUUAUAGAGGACCUUUGGGAACAACACGAGCAAGCCAAGAAGCUCGCCACACUCGAAGAUACGGACGACGACCCCAAUCAGCAGAUCGCCGAAGAUGACUGCGAGGAUGCUGAAGGCGAUGCAGUCCAGGGUGGCGUUUCAAAUACUAAGAGUCAGUUGUCGUCAAACUCGUCCAGUGCGUCUACGCCGUCUUCCCAGUCCGUUUCGUCUGGUUCUACCUCUAUCACCACUCCGAGUUCCGAUGUGGCGGGCCCAAGGCAGCAGAGGCUGGCUGAGCGGCACCAUCCGUUGUUUGUAACAUGGAAUACAGUGUCGAAGAAUGGCAACAAGUCCCUACGUGGAUGUAUCGGCACGUUCGAGGCGCAGGAGCUUUCUGCAGGUCUGAGAUCCUACGCUCUCACGUCAGCAUUCGACGAUCACCGUUUCAAUCCAAUCCCUGAGUCCCUACUUCCGUCGUUGUCGUGCUCCUUGACCCUUCUGGGCUCUUUCGAACCUUGCACUAAUGCCAUGGACUGGAUCCUCGGGACCCAUGGAAUACGGAUAUCCUUUAUCCACCGUGGCAGACGCUACGGCGCUACAUACCUCCCGGACGUCCCGGUAGAACAAGGUUGGACCAAAGAAGAAACCGUGGAAAGCUUGAUGCGCAAGGCUGGGUGGGACGGCUCGACGGGCGCGACAAGCAGCGUUGCUAGGAGGCUGCUCAGAACAGGGGGUAGCAGGCCUAGUUCGAGCUCGGGUAAACCAUGGGAGCAAGUCUCCGAUUUCCGAACAGUCAAGUACCAAGGACUCAAAGCCAGUGCCGGCUACGCCGAAUGGCAAGAGUGGAGGAAUUGGGUUCUGUCUUUGGAUGAUGGCCGGGAGAAGCUGUUGGAGAACCGAAAUAGUUAG